AUGAAGCCUGGAUUGUUGUUGCGGCUGGGGGCCCUGGCGGGUGCCGCCAAGCUCGCCGUGGCCGAGUGUCCCAACGCGUGCUCGGGACGCGGCACCUGCGGGGCCUACGACAUGUGCACCUGCUACUCGGGGUACAUGGCCAACGACUGCUCUGAGCGUGUCUGCCCCUUUGGCCUUGCGCACGUCGACUCCCCUAAGGGAGAUCUUAACAUGGACAACGAGCUUCAGUACCGACCUGCCGUCAUCGAGGGCUCGCAGAUGUACAAGGAUGGCACCUCCGAGCUUUUCCCCAUCAUGGCCACGGUUAACGGCACCAUCGUCGACAACACCGCACACUACUACAUGGAGUGCUCCAACAAGGGCCUGUGUGACCGAACCACCGCGACAUGCACGUGCUUCGUCGGCUAUGAGGGGACGUCCUGCCAGCGCGCGUCGUGCCCCAACGACUGCUCCGGCCACGGCGUCUGCAAGACCAACCGCGAGCUCGCCGCGGAUGACCACGACAACAUCUACGAGCUGUGGGACGCGGACAUGAGCCUGGCCUGUCACUGCGAUGCCGGCUACGGCUCCUAUGACUGCUCGGAGCGCAUGUGUCCGUACGGUAUCGACCCGCUCUUUAUUGACGACGAGAACACGGCCCGCAUUCCGGAGUGGACCAUCCGCUUCGAGGACGCCUUGGACGUGACCGGGGUGGAGGGGACCUGGCGCCUUCGCUUCAACGACGUCUUCGGCGAGGACUGGGUCACGAACCCGAUCCCGUUCAACACUACCUGCACCGACCUCGUCGCCGAGCUCGAGGCCAUCCCCAACGACGUCAUCGACGAGGGAACCGUGCAAUGCCUCCACAAGCACGACGAGGUCACCCCGGACUUGUGGACCAAGUACAUGCUUAGCUUCACCGGAAACCCGGGCGUCCACAAGAUUCCCGAGAUCCUGGUGCUGGACGAGUCCGGCCGCCACACCCUCAAGAAGACCGGCGCGGACGCCUACGCCGGACUGGACAUCGCCGUCGUCUACGACACCGGUAUCACGGGAGAGUUCUACGACUACUUCAUGCAGAAGUGCGGCGUCGUCAUCGGCGUCACCGACUUCGCCACCACGGUCGCCGACAACCGUGAGCACUACGGCCUGGUCCAGACCACCAGCAUAUCGUCGGGCACCCUCCGUACCCUCAAGGAGUGCCUCGGAGACGCAAACGGGGUCUCCACUGACAACGUGGGCGUCGAGAACUGGGACUACGGGGGACCCACCGGCCACUUCGGGCCGUGGCACCACACCAUCCUCGAGGCCGUCCCCGGGCAGUUCCCUCACCUCGUCAAGCUCGUCAACAACGCCCCGGAGUCGGAGUUCGAGGGCGGCAUGUACACCAUCAUGACCUGGCACCAGGAGGACGAACACUUCGUGCUCUCGGCUGCGGUGGACAGCUCCCAGGAGUACCAGGUGUUUGCCACGGACGGCGUUCUCGAGCGGGUGUGGUACGACUCCGACACCGACGGAGAGUUCGAGAUGUACGACGGGUACAACGACAUCACAGCGAACGGCCUGCACGACGAGAUGGGUCUGGCGUGGUGGGACCAGUACGGGGACACCAUCUACACCAGCAGGGACUUCUCGUGCGAGAACGCGGGCACGAAGGGGGUGGACCCUGUCUUCUCCGAAGGAAGCUCGUACCUGGAAAACAACUGCCUCGAGAAGGGGGACUUCUUGGUCAUCCCCGCCUUCACCACGGGGGUCGAGUCGAAGAACAUGACCGGUGACAUCUCCUACGAGUACGGGAUGUACCCAAACGCCGUGUACACGUCCACCCUCGAGCACGCCCUGGACACCGUGAACUCGGCCGGGCUGUACGAGAUCAAGAAGAUCUCUGUAGAGGACUACAACGCCUACAGCAACGUUACCGAGGACCGAUUCCAGAUCAAGCUGGACAGGCCCAUCUUCUGGGACGGCUCCGACACAUCGCACAACAUGAUCGAAGACGACGAGGGGAACUUGCUACAGGAGUCCACCAAGGUCGGCAUCCGUCAGUUCUUCCGCUUUACGCCCGACAUGGACUCGGCCAACACCGCCGAGUGGGUAGCACCGUGCUCCAACCGCGGCCUUUGCGACCUAACCCAGGGUCUUUGCACGUGCUUCGCCGGUUACACCAAUGAGAACUGCGAUACACAGAGCGCGCUGGCAGUUUAG